AUGGCCGGGACUGCCCCGAACUUAAAACCGAAAUAUGGAAUAGUGAACCCCGAAUCUUACGCGCCGCGUAGCGACACUUGCCUCGAGAUUAUUCGGCAGAACGCGCUCGCCGCCGAAACGCCCUUUCGUCGCCCUCUCUCUCGCCCCUCUCUUCCCGUCGCGCUCUCUCUAUCCGCGCUCUUCCCGUCGCCUCCCUUCCCAUCGCGCUCUCUCUCCACCCUCCCUUCCCAUCGCGCUCUCUCUCUCCGCUCCCUUCCCGUCGCCCUCUCUCCCGUCGCCCUCUCUCUCCCCCCUCCCCUCCCAUUGCGCUCUCUCUCUCCGCUCCCUUCCCGUCGCCCUCUCUCCCGUCGCCCUCUCUCCCAUCGCCCUCGCUCUCUCCUUCUCUCUGUCCCGUCGCCCUCUCUCCCGUUGCCCUCUCUCCCGUUGCCCUCUCUCCCAUCGCCCUCGCUCUCUCUUUUGCUCUGUCCCGUCGCCCUCUCCCCCGUCGCCCUCUCUCCCGUCGCCCUCUAUCUCUCACGUCGCCCUCGCUCUGUCCCGUCGCCCACGCUCUCUCCCGUCGCCCCCGCUCUCUCCCGUCGCCUCGCGAAAAUUUCUGCCGUCUCGUAG